AUGUCUAUCCUCAAGACAGAUGGAAUGGCAGCUCUCAUAAACGGAUUUGGCACUACUAGCACCUUCCAAGAUAUGGUUCUUCAGGUGAUUGACAUAUAUCCUGCUUUGCUUGACAGCCAUCCCAAAUUUGGGGCAGCACUAUUCAAUGGUGCUCAUCAAGUCCUCGUUAUGCUGUCUCCUGAUAUGAAUUCAUACUUUACCCAUGAAGUUGUCAAGAGGGGCUUGUAUUUGAAGGUUGAUCACAUGUUGAGGAACAUGAUGGGGGGUUAUUGUGUUAUUACUGUUACUGCCGCUGUGCCCUACUCUGAGCUGACAGAGAUCAUUGGUGACCCAAAAGAGAUAAGUCUUCAGCUCAAAGCGGUUGUAUCUGCCCUGCUGUCAAUUGAAGAAUGUGAGGAAGUGACUGCCGAUCCCUCUGCCUCAAAAUCUGCCUGUCAAAAUCUCCAAGAUGAGAACACUUCGACCAAUUGCCCUAGUGAUGUUCAUGCACCUCUCAAACCUCCCCCUGCUCAAGCAGGACUGAUGGAUGAAGAGACCUUUGGCCAUAAAGGCAAAGGGAAAGAAAAGCCUGAGACAGGCCCUCAUCACCUGGGCUGGUCUGGCAUUGGACCAGCAAAGACUCUCCUCCUAUCUUUGUUUGGUAGUUCAGUCAAGCAAAACAUGACUGGUGGGACAUUGUCCUUGUCCACAGGUGGAGGUCUUUCAAGCAAGCUGGCAGUCACCAGAGGAUCAUCUGCCUUGAUGCAAGCUGGAUCAUCAAGCAAAAAAUUGGUGAACAACAGAUCUACAAGCCAGUGA